AUGGUUCAAGCCCUGAAGAAAUCAUUGCAACUUACUCACACUUUGCUCAUCCUGGGAAGUGCUCUGGAGGGGCUCAGAGUUAAUUCCGGGGGUGCCGUUUCUGCAGAGCCCCCAGAGGUGACUGUGAGCAGCAAGACGGAGGUGGAGGAUGGAAUGGAGACGCGCGUCUGCCGCCUGGAUGGCUUUUACCCCAGGGAGAACGAUGCCUCCUGGAUGAGGGACAGGGAGGUCUGGCUGCAGGACACCUUCCGUGGGUCUGUGGCCCCCAACGCAGAUGGGACCUUCCACUCCUGGCUCAGCAUCCGGAUCGAUCCCCAAGAGAAGGGCCGCUAUCGGUGCCACGUGGAACACGACGGCCUGCAGGAGCCUCUGGACGUGGCCAUAAAAGAUCCCCCCAUGGUGACAGUGAACAGGACGGUGGUAGAGAAUGGGAUGGAAAUCCACGUCUGCUACAUGGAUGGCUUCUACCCCAAGAAGAUCGAUGCCUCCUGGAGGAGGGACAGGGAGGUCUGGCAGAAUGACACCCUCCGUGGCUCCGUGGCCCCCAAUGCAGAUGGGACCUUCCACACCUGGCUCAGCAUCCGGAUCGAUCCCAAAGAGAGGGGCCGCUAUCGGUGCCACGUGGAGCACGACGGCCUGCAGGAGCCUCUGGAUGUGGCCAUAAAAGAGAAACGUCGGGAUGGCUACAAAGCACCAUCAGGCGCCUCCUCGCACUCCCUGAAGUAUUGUGUCACCUCCAUCUCGGAGCCCAGUCAGGGGCUGCCCCAUUAUGUUAUUGUGGGGGAUGUGGAUGGUCAGGUCUUCAGUUCCUACGACAGCAACAGCCGGAAGAUGCAGCCUCGAGUCUCGUGGAUGGAGAAGGUGGGGAAGGACGACCCCCAGUACUGGGACAGAAACACCCAGAUGGCACGUGAGGAAGAGGAGGUGUUCACAAGAGACCUGGUGAUUGCGAGGACUCGCUACAAUCAGAGCAAAGGCCUUCACACAUGGCAGAGGAUGGUUGGCUGUGAACUCCGGAGAGACGGGAGCAAAGGAGCGUUUCAGCAAUAUGGCUACGACGGGAGGACCUUCCUCACCUUCGACAAGGAGACCCUCACCUGGGUGGCUCCCGACCCGGAGGCCCGGAUCACCCAGAGGAAAUGGGACGAUAUUCCAGGAUAUAAUCAGAGACGUAAGGCCUACCUGGAGGACGUCUGCAUCAAGUGGCUGGAGAAGCACCUGUCCUACGGGAAGGAGACGCUGCUCAGGGCAGAGCCCCCAGAGGUGACCAUGAGCAGCAAGACGGAGGUGGAGGAUGGGAUGGAGACGCACGUCUGCCGCCUGGAUGGCUUCUACCCCAGGGAGAUCGAUGCCUCCUGGACGAGGGACGGGGAGGUCUGGCUGCAGGACACCUUCCGUGGCUCCGUGGUCCCCAACGCGGAUGGGACCUUCCACGCCUGGCUCAGCAUCUGGAUCAAUCCCAAAGAGAGGGGACGCUAUCGGUGCCACGUGGAACACAACGGCCUGCAGGAGUCUCUGGACGUGGCCCUGGAGGAGCCAAAAUCCAACCUGGGGCUCAUCGUCGGCUGCGUUGUGGCUGGCCUUGUCCUGAUGAUGUGUGCGAUUGUUGGGAUCUUGGUAUUUCUUAAGAGACCUCAAGAUGGCCACAGAGCAGCACCAACAAGUGAGGAAGGAUCCAACAAUUCAGACCAGGGUAAGUCGGAGGGAGCUGCUGCUGCUGCUUCAGGAGCCAUUUUGUCCCUUUGCAAGAUGGGGGGAGGAUGA